GUUAAUUACACCUUAACUCCGUUACCAUCUUCCGUUUCUGUUCCUUGUUGUUUACCGUCCUCACCAGACAAAUUCAUCUUCCUCCUCACCUCCAUCCUCAUCCUCUUCAUCCAUUAUCUUCUUCCUCUUUCUUUCUUCCUCUUUAUUUUUUCCGUCUCUCUCUCUCCUCCAUCAUCCUCCUCUAGGAGAACCUAGAUUUGGUUCUCUUGAAAAAGAACCCAUGGGGAAGAAGAAAAAGAAGGGAGGAGAUUAGGGUCUCUAAGAGAACCCAGACCUGGGUUCUCUUGGAGAACCUAAAUCUAGAAGACCAAGGAGCGGGGAAGAGAAGGAAGAAGAGGGAAGGAGAGGGAAAGAAGAAGAAAAAGAAAGGAGGAGGAGGGAAAAGAAGGAAAAAGGUUGAAAAUCAAAGAACCAAUGCUGGGUGAAAAAGAGAGAUGUUUUCUGAGCUCAAGAGGCUGAUGAUUCUCAUGAUUUCUUUAUAUGUUUCUAGUUCAUCAUCUAGAGGGAUUCUGAUGGCUUUGAUCAACAAGGAGGAUGCCAUACACGUUUCUGCUCUGCUCUUCUUCUUCGUGCAGCCCGACAAGCCCCCCAAAGCCACCGACUUCCUCUUCCUUUGGAAACCGGAAAAAAAAAAAAGGGCUUGAAAUUCUCCUUCUUUCUUGUUCAAUAACAAGAUUUAGGACCUAGAACACUCUCCUAAACCCAGAAAUUUUCCAGAUCUGCACUGUCCUCUUCCCCUCUGUCCGCCGGCCUCUGCUGUGUGGGGUUGGGUUCGGUUUUCUGACCGUAAGUUCCCCUGCAGCUUGCCACCGGCUUCUUCUUCUCCCUGCAGCUCCGGUUUUAGCUGGAAAAUUUUGGUAUGGACAGACCUUUUAAGUAUUGUUUUGCAAAAGACAAGUGAUUGAAUACAAGUCCUGUUCUUCCAUUUUUUCUGUCUGUGGAAGUAGAAAUCCAAAUUGGGUUUUCUCGGUUGAUGGAUAAAUGUAAUUUAGGAGCUUUUGAGUGAAAUUAGGGAUUGAUCUAUUGAUUAGACUCGGGUUUAAGAGGGUUUGUGACCAUUUUGCUCAUAAGUUACCUUUACUGUUCAUAGGCACUGUUCACACACCGAGGGUUAACAAUUAACGGGGAUUUAAAUGAUUAGUUUGUGAUAUAAGAAUAAAUUUGGAGAGGUCCGGUUAUGUGGAGAUUGAUAGGAAUAAUAUCGUGAUUAGGGAUUAGUCAUGAUGAUUUCAACUUGAAUUUGUGAUAGUCAGGUAUUAAUUCUGAGGUGUUUUGAUUAGGUUCCCGAUCGUUCUGUCAAUUAGCACCGUGAAUUGAGCCUUUGGUUUUAAGCAAGUGAGGUAGUAUGACCCGAGACACGGAAACCACGAGAAGUAACGAGUUAGAAGGCUAGCCAUUUCGAGAUUGAUAUAGAUUUUAGAAAUAAAUCAUGUUUUUUGUAAGAUAGAUUGUACUUUGAAUUUUAUGGUAUUAAAACAGAUUUUGCAAGAAUAGAGUUGGGGAUUUGAAUAAGUUUCGAACCUUGUG